AUGCACGAUGAUCUACUCAGCAAAAAGAUUGAUGAGAUAUUGGAAAUGGGAGAGGGUGUUAAGGCCCUCUUAUUUGAUGAAGACACCAAGAUAAUCCUUAGUAACAUAAUUCCUCAUUCAAGAUUUCUCGAGAACGAUUACUUCCUAUUUGAUAAUAUAAUGAACAAAAGAAGGGAAAAGAUUCAAGGUAUUACCUGCAUGGCAGUAAUACGGCCUGAGAGUAUAAGAUGGCUGAUAGAAGAGGUGGCAAAUCCAUUCUAUGAGAGAUAUAUUGUUCUAUUUACGAAUCAGAUGGAUUCCUUGAUGCUGGAAAUACUGGCUACGAGCGAUAUAUAUUGUGUUAUCUCCGAAGUUCAUGAAAUAUAUAUUGACUUCUUUAGACAAGAUGAUUUUCUGUAUACCUUCCACAGAGCAAAGACAAGUAAUCAAGUAUCCCCUUCCAUAAGAAAAAGAACUUUGGAUGGUCUUUUUUCCCUUAUCAUGAAUCUAGGAGGAGUCCCAGCAAUUAAGGUUCAAGUGGGAGACAAGUUGCUGCUAGAAGAUGCAGAUUCACUGAACACCAGGCUUAUGAGUCUUGGGAGCAAGCAAGGAGGGACUCUCAUAAUCCUAGACAGAACUUUCGAUAUAUAUACUCCGUUGUUAUAUGAAUGGAGGUAUCAAUCUCUACUUUAUGAACAUGCAGAUUAUGAGAACGGUGUUGUUCAAAUAGGAAAGAAAAGUUAUUCGGUAGUGGAUGAUUCAUUUUUCAAUGCUUCUAAAUUUAAGGACAUAUAUGAAGUUUCGGAAGAUAUCAAAGGCUUAAUCAAAAAGGCCGAGUUUAAGAAGAAGAAGCUUCAUGACUUUGUCUUCGAUGAUCUGGAAGAAAACACUAAGAUUUCCCGGCAGCUAGAGGCACACCUUUCUCAGCAUGGCUAUGUGAUGAGAGCAUGCCUCAGGCUUAAGGACCUAAGCGAAACCGAGAUGAACAUCUUAAAAAACAACAGGACUAGUAAAGAAGAGGUUGGCGAGUACCUUACAAGAAAGGAUAUUUCUAUUAUGGAGCGGAGUAAAUUGCUUAUAAUAUACUCGCUCCGAAACAAAAGAAAUCCCAAUGACGAAGCUAAGAAAUAUCCAGACCUUAUAGAAGAAGUGGAGUCGUUUACAAGAAGAUAUUCUAUUGGAGCUUCCAUACCAAGAUGCUAUGGAUACAGAUUUCACGAUGGUAUUGAUGUUAAGCUAGGAUAUCAGCCUGCAAUCAAAAGAAUUGCUCGCCACUGGUGGACAAGUAGGCUUGAUGAUAGAUACUUCUUAGAGAUAAGAGAAUCGGAGAAUCCAAUGGACUACAUGAUAGUAUAUGUCCGGGGAGGAGUAACCUACUCGGAAUACAGGGCUUUGUAUGAGUAUUAUAAUACAGAAAUGAAAGGGAAGUCUAGAAUUUAUGUUACGGGAGACUCGAUGAUAUCUUAUAAGGACAUUAUGAAGACCACUAGUUAG